CCAACCAACCCCCAAGCCUCCAACUUCGAACCACAGCAGCCGGGGACCCGGAAGUGAGUGGGAGAGGAGCCGAAAGUUUGUCGCGGAUAACUUUUUCUUUUUUUUUUUUUCUUUUGGUGUGUGCGAAGGAGGACGCGAGCGGAGAAGGCGAAGGAAGGAGAGCCUUUGGCCCGGAGAAGAAGCAUGGGGCUCCCCACGCUGGAGUUUAGCGACUCCUUUCUGGACGGUCCCGAUUUCCGAGAGCGUCUCAAGUGUCACGAGUUCGAACUGGAGAGGACCAACAAGUUCAUCAAGGAGCUCAUAAAGGAUGGAAAUAUGCUCAUCGGCGCCCUCAGGAAUCUUUCUGCCGCUGUCCAGAAGUUUUCCCAAUCGCUGCAGGAGUUCCAGUUUGAGUGCCUCGGCGAUGCUGAGACGGAUGAUGAGGUGAACAUUGCGCAGUCCUUCAAGGAGUUCUCCAAGCUGCUCAACACGGUGGAAGAGGAGAGACGACGCUUGAUUCAGAACGCAGACGACGUCUUGAUCACUCCCUUGGAAAGGUUUCGCAAGGAGCAGAUUGGCGCCGCCAAGGACGGGAAGAAGAAAUUUGAUAAGGAGACGGAGAAAUAUUACUCCACGCUUGAAAGGCACCUCAACCUGUCGUCCAAAAAGAAAGAAGCUUAUCUUCAAGAGGCCGACGCACAGAUUGAUAAGGAGAGGCAGCUCUUUUAUGACGCGUCCCUCGAGUACGUCUUCAAAAUACAGGAAGUGCAAGAAAAGAAGAAGUUUGAGUUUGUGGAGCCGCUCCUGGCCUUCCUGCAGGGUUUGUUUACGUUCUACCACGAGGGAUACGAACUGGCUCACGAAUUUGAGCCGUACAAGCAACAGCUCCAGUUCAACCUCCAGAACACGCGCAACAACUUUGUGAGCACCAAGCAGGAAGUGGAGAAACUGAUGAGGAGGAUCAGGUCUGCCGACCAGGACUACAAAGCUCCAGGCCGAUGGAGCAUGGAAGGCUUCCUCUAUGUACAGGAGAAACGUCCACUGGGCUGCACAUGGGCAAGGCACUACUGCGCGUAUGAGAAGAGCAGCAAAACUUUUACUAUGAGCAAUACAGACAAUAAAUCGGGCAAUAAGCAGAAUGGUCUGGUGCUCAACCAGCCCGAGAUGUUCAAACUCAAGUCAUGCAUCCGAAGGAAAACGGACUCCAUCGACAAACGCUUCUGCUUUGACGUUGAGGUGGUGGAAAGAAACGGCGUCUGCCGCGGAACUCUUUUCAGGCCUCUUCGAUUGUUCUAUAAAGUCCGGCAUGGUAUCAUGACGCUGCAGGCACUGUCCGAGUCCAACAGGAGGCUGUGGCUGGAGGCCAUGGAUGGCAAGGAGCCGAUUUACAACCUGCCUGCCAUCCUGAGCAAGAAGGAAGAGACGUUCCUGAACGAGGCCGGCUUUAACUUUGUGCGGAAUUGCAUCGACCUGGUGGAGAACAGAGGCAUCAAUACCAUGGGGCUGUACAGGAUCGGAGGCGUCAACUCCAAAGUGCAGAAGUUGAUGGCGACGGCUUUUUCAACCAAGGCACCGGCGGACAUGGACCUGGAUCCCGAGACGUGGGACAACAAGACCAUCACCAGCGGCCUGAAGAAUUAUCUCAGGUGUCUCUCUGAGCCGCUAAUGACCUUCAAGCUGCAUAAAGAAUUCAUCAUGGCUGCCAAAUCGGACGACCAGAACUACCGCGUGUGCGCUGUCCAUUCUUUGGUCCACAAGCUGCCAGGGAGGAACAAGGAAAUGCUGGAGAUGCUCAUCAAACACCUCGUCAUAGUUUCCACGCAAAAUCAGUCCAACAUGAUGACCGUGUCCAACCUGGGCGUCAUCUUCGGGCCCACGCUGAUGCGCUCACAAGAGGAGACGGUGGCCGCCAUGAUGAACAUCAAGUUCCAGAAUAUUGUGGUGGAAAUUCUGAUUGAGAAUUUUAAAAAGAUCUUCCAUCAGCCUCCAGACCCCAACGUGACACCACCGCAGCCUCAGAACCGGCCCGGUUCCCGCAGGAGCAGAGCCAUUUGUCUGUCGAGCGGCCCCCGGAAGCCUCGCGGCCUGUACACCCCCACCCUGUGCUUGGCCGACGCUGAAAGUCCCUGCACAGGCGAUGCGGCCAGCAGCAGUCCAUGCAGCACCCCCAUGGGCAGCAUCGAGUCUCUGUCCUCGCACUCGUCGGAGCACAACGGCUCCUCCAAGGCCGAGAUGCCGGCCUCCGUUCAAGCUCAGAGCGCAAGGCUCCCCGACACCGCGUCCCUGCUCUCCAGCGGGCCCCGGAGCACCGAGUCCAGCUCGAAGGAGGAUCCCGGCCCAACCGAUGUGGAGUCGGAGGACGCGCUCACUGAGUCUUCCGUUACCGGCGUGGCCCCCAAAAAGGCCCCGCACCGAGGGCACCCUGAACCCAGGCCGCCGGAUCUCACGGCUACAACCUCUCUCAAGUCACUGCAUGUGUCUGAAGGCCAAAGGAGCUACUCGAAGUCCACUCAAAAUCUCUCCACGCUGGAUCUCAUCGAUCACUUGAAGCUGACGGCGCACCCGCAGCUUCCGCCCAAGCUUGUGAUCCGGCGGCGAGGCGCCGCAGCCUCAGCCGGCAACGGAUACCAAAGACCAGGCUCUGUGGUUGCUGCCAGAGCGCAGCUUUUCGAACACGCCGACAACAAGCAACCCGCCACGCUCGGGAGGGACGCUCAAGCCGUCUACUCGUGCGAGGCCGAGCACAGCCACGAGCUCAGCUUCCCCCAGGGGGCGCACUUCUCUGAUGUGUACCCGUCAGUCGAACCGGGAUGGCUGCAAGCGACAUACCAGGGAAAAACGGGUUUAAUCCCUGAAAACUAUGUCGUCUAUCUUUAAUUUUUUUUUUUUUUAUUCCCGUCCCCACCCCCUCCAUGGUAUCCAUGGAAACGCCCACUACCAGUUUCACGUUAGCUGUGUGAUGUCCAAUUGCUUGGAUAGGGGCUACAACAUGACAACUGUACCUCCUUUUUCUUUUUUUAUUUGAACAAAACUUCCUCCAAUGUGCUUUUAAUCAGACCUCGACAUCAUUUGCCUUUUUGCAACGCGUUUUUUUUUUUACAACCUCAAAUGACACACGAGAACCACUUGACUCGUUUUAUUACCCUGGAUUAUGAUCUUCAACAGUCUGUGAUGAACCUUUUUUUUUUAUGUUAAAAACAGAGAUCAGCAAAAGAACUAAGCCCUCGCACCCCACAACGGCAAGUCAGCAAAAUUGACCGCCUGCACACGACAACGGAAAUUUUUUUUUCUUAUUUUUUGCACCGCUGCCUAUUAAAAAAAAAAAAGUUGUAAUUGUUAUAAGAAAAUUAGACAUGUUAAGUCAAAGCAAAAAUACUCGAUUCUCCACGCAGAGACUAAAAAGUCUCAUUUUGUAUUAUAAGCCACUGUAACAUUCUGCAGCGUUUGACCGUGAACGCCAAGUUUCCUUAUAGUAAAAUUUAAAAAAACUACAUAUAUUAUUCGAUUCAACUGUAUAUUGCAUGGACGUUAACAUUGACCCCAAUAAACGCUUGAAAACAAACUCAUUUAAAAGAUUUGAUGAAAACGUUAAAAAAAACAACAACAUUGACGAUACUAAACAAAUGCAGUGGACUGGAUUAGCCCCGAUAACAUAAUGCAGGUUGAAUAUUUAAUUCAGUGAUUCUUUGGCCUACCACUAGAGGGAGCCUGUGCACCACGAGUAGUACAUACACUGCACUUGAAGAACCACUGCGUCGAAAAGGAUGUAUUCUUGAAAAACACACUUUCUGUUCUCAAAAUAGAAUGUAUAUCUAUUCAACUUGCCGGCAUAUUUUAUUAUCCUCCCUCUUAAUAUUAUUCUUGUUUUCUAAAACUGUGUGGACAUUUGAAGAGUUGGAAAGAAGAAAACCUUUCAGUGUGAGCGCACUGCCGUACAGGGGAGGGAGGGUCUGAAAGUGUAUUUCGGGAAUGUCAGGUGGCCUUGGCUGCUUUUGAGCGACGUGGGAAGAAAGAGGAGAAAACUCCCUAAAAGUGAGGAGUUGCGCCGGUGCGUGGCGGAAAUUCGAAUCAUGUCCCGCAUUGUGUAACAUUUCCAUGCGGAGGAGGUUUGUUUUUCCCCUGCGAGCAACUACUGUCUGUCUCUAAAUAAACACAAUGAUUUAUAAA